AUGCUUCUGAAUUGUUUACAACAACAAUUUUUCUAUGAAUUUCAAUAUGAGCUUGAAAUUGGAUGUUUUAAUUGUGGUGUUGAGGAGAUGAAGAAGGACAAUGAGCUUUACAUUUUCAAUUUGAGGGAAGGAACUAGAAGGAGGACUUUUGAUGUUGUUUUUGAUCCAACUACCUUUGAUACCAAGUGUUUUUGUAAAAAAUUUGAACGUGAUGGUGUGCCUUGUAGGCAUAUGAUUUGGGUGUGGAAGGCAAGGAUGUUAGAAAAAAUUCCCAAGGCCUACGUUCUAAAUAGAUGGUGUACAAUGGCUUAUAAGAAGCCCAUUUUUGAUUUAGAGGGUAAUGUGUUGGAGGAAUGUAUUAAUGCAGUAGAUAAGAAAAUGUUAUUAAAUGAUUUGUGGUCUGAAAUUCAUGCUUGUGUGAGUUUAGUGCAAAACAAUGAAGAUGAUCUUAGUGAUCUUGUCAAAAAACUUCGAGCCAUGAGGGUAGAUUUGGAACAGAAGAAAACAAAUGGAAGCAACAAUCUUUCGAGCAAAGUUAAAGACAUUGAAAUGCUUAUUGGAGCUAGUCUACCUUCUAAUGUUUUAAUCAAACCUCCUAAAAUUUCGAAGAACAAAGGCACGGGGGUUCAUGUUCCAAAUCAGGUCAAUGUUCCAAAUGAUGUCCAUGUUCCAAAUCAGGUUGAUGAAUAUACUAUUAAUCCAGUUGCAUGA